AUGAGUUGCUGAACGCUAUCACGCAUACUAGCAUAAAUCAUUGGCACUCCUGAAUUUGCAAGCGCACAGCCGUGCAGCAGCGAUGACAGCACUCAGCAGCAGCCGAGCGCCCCUCGACAACGACGACGUCGAGCCGCUGGGCCUGUCGCUGCUCGAAUUGGAGGAGGAAGAAACGACGGACCACGUCAUCGGCGACUUGACCAUAACGCUGCGCGGCUACCCGCGGAGCAGCGGCCAGACGCUGCAGUGCACGGGCGAGACGACGUGGCGCGGCGGCGACCUCCUGGCGCGGCACCUGUGGCGGCGCCGCGCGACGACGGCCUCCGUGGUCGAGGUCGGCAGCGGGCUGGGCCUCGUGGCGCUGGCCGCGAAACGGCUCGGCGUCGCGCCGGUCGUCGUCGCGACGGACGGCGACGACCGCGCCCUGGAUAAAUUGAGGAGAAAUUGCGGGCGCGAGGUCGCGGUCGAGCGGCUGCGCUGGGGCGAUUCUGAGGAUGUACGCCGCGUCCUCGCCCACGCGAAAACCGGCUUCUCCCUGGUCCUCGGCGCCGACGUCGCCUACACGGCGGAGGCCGUGGCGCCGCUGGCGCGGACGUGCCGCGCGUUACUGGCGCCCGGCGGUCAAGUGAUUAUCGCCUACACGCGGCGCCACGUCGAUGCCAACGAAGUUCUCGAGGCCUUCGCGGACGAGGGGCUCGUGAUGAGGCGCGACGCUUUGUCAGAUGACGAGAGGGAAGAUGCUGGCGAUCGGGUGUGGUACUUUUCAUUGGUGGAGCCCCCUUCAUUCGAGUCGUCGGAGGACGAGGAGGAGGAGCCCUGGGCCUUCGAUGUCGAGCAAGCGGCUGAAUCACUAGCGUCGGAGGGCUACGCGGUCGUCGAGAACGCGACGCGCGGCCUCGCCCGUACGUUGAGGAGGGAAGUCCUGAGCCUCGCGGAGCACUCCUUGCUAAGAGCGUCGCCGAACGCGCUGCGCACGUCGACCGGAAGGGAAGUCAGGGCCAAGACGAACGUCGAGGAGCUCCAGAUCCAUAUUCGGGGCGCGCCGAUUCUAGAUGACGCGGCGGUUGUUGCCGCCCGGAACCUCUGCCCGGCGCUCAGAGACUUUGGGAGCAGCGAAGCAAGGGUCCUCGGCUCGAAACUAUCAUCAAAACUCGGCGCUUCACUAAGAGUGGACGAGGUCAAGGCCGCGGUGCACGGCGCCGGCGGCUGCUUUCCCGCGCAUCUGGACACGACGGACGCGACGGGCCGCUGCGUGACGGGUAUUUUGUACCUGGCGGCCGCCGACGUGGCGGGCGGCGAGCUCCGAAUCUACCCGUCGUCGGGCGGCCCGCCCGUCGACGUCGCGCCGUCGCUGGAUACGCUCGUGCUGUUUUCUUCUACCACAACUUUACAUCGGACGCUGCCUCUGAAACGCGGUUCGAGGCCGCUUGUGUCGUUCUGGUUUUCAUCUACAAAACCUCUGUUGGCGGACCGGACGGCUUCCAAUAAGCUGGUCAAGCUCCUGCACGCCGGCGACUACGCCCGGUCCUUCCGCGACGCGUUUACGGUGGACGGCGCGGUCGAGGACGCGCUGGCCCUCGACGCGGCGGCGAACGCGGCCGCCGAGGCCGCGCUUUCUGAUGAUGAGCGGGCGACGCUCGAGGCGUGGCGGCGGCGGCUGGCGUGA